CCAUUUGGGUGAAUGUGCUGGAAAGGGAGAAAAGAGGGAAAAUCGGUUAGAGAGUACGAGAAGGGACGAAAUGUAAAAGAGAGUGUAAAUCAGCGAACAGGAAUCCUCCAGGGAGUCCUGACGGUAGAUCCUUUCUAUAUCAUUCGGAGUGAGCGUUGAGCAGGAGUUAGUUGGUGUUUGAUAGCGGCAGAGAUUAGAUCGAACGAGACGAGGCGUAGUUUCGUGCGUGUGCGCAGUGGAUUAGGAUCUACGGAUUAUGGAUAAUUUGCAGUGACUCAGGCGAUAAUUAGUGAGUGAAGAUAGAUUGAAGAUCUCAGAAUGUCGUCGUAUUGUGGAUUCGAUGAAACAUCUUUCGACGACUUCGCGGAUUACACAUCUGAAGAUAGUGGUUUCGAAAAAAGUUUGGAAUCUAAUGGUGAACUAUCGUUUAGCUUUGCUUCGAGAAAGUUAGAUUUUGAAACCGUAGCGCCAUGUGUUCAGCCGCCUGCUCCGCGAAAACGUGGACGAAAGUCGUUGAAGGAGAAAAGCCUAGAGCAGACGUCGGCCGAGUUCCAUCCCAGUUUAGGAGUUCAAACCUCGACACCAACCAAACCAUCAACUGCCGCCAAUAAAGAUCAGAAACCUAAACGGAAGUAUGCAAUGGGGAAGAGCCGUAUCACCAGAAACCGAAGUCCCACUCAAGUCGUCAAGAUCAAACGGUUUCGUCGAUUGAAAGCGAACGAUCGGGAGCGAAAUCGAAUGCACACCUUGAACGAAGCUUUGGAGAGACUACGGCUCACUCUGCCGACAUUCCCCGAGGAUACCAAACUGACCAAGAUAGAGACACUACGAUUCGCUUAUAAUUACAUAUUUUCACUAGUUCAGGUACUUGAACUGGACGAGGAAGUUCAUCUGGAUUUGGAGAAGCUUCAGAGUUUAACGCUGAGUGGUGAAAGGAUCAACAAGCAACUGUUCGACGCCAUGUUCAUCAAUCCUCCGCCACACUUCAUGGAGUCCGGAUUUGGAUGCAGCGAGUUCUACAGCAGCAUGCAGCAGUAUGGCAUAACCAUGAGCAACCCCCAAAGCUACGAUCAUCCUAGCUUCUCCAAGCAAAACUAUCAAAUGUUCCGAGGUGCCUUCGACGCGGCCUACAAUAGUCAUAAGCAACCUUACCUCAAUCAAACAUAUCCCCCAUCUACACCGAACUAUCAGCAACAUCAAUCCCCGCUGAAUUCAGGAUUCUACCAGCAUCAGUCAACGGUUAAUCCAGCGGACGUGUGUGGUGGUCCCUCGUAUCAAAUGACUCCGAAUUCUGCGCAUCAAUCACCUCAGCAGCAAGCGAUGCACUUCGGUAGCAGUUUCUACAGUCAAACCCCACCCUGGACCGAAACAUCUUCGGGCUACAACGAACCGACGGGAUUUCACGUGGCAGAAACAACCAGCAGGAAACCCGGAGAAAUCUAUCCGGUGCCGUUGUAGCUUAGGAACUGUUAUGCUUUUUGGAAUUGGUUGUAUGUUUGAACACGCAAAGUUAACAAGUUAAAAGUGCAUAAUUGUAAACUCUGGUGAUAAAUCAUUCUCAAGUAGGUGAACUAGUGAAUUGCAUAUUUGGACAAAUAGCUGAAUAAGUGAUCUUCAAAUCAUGCAUGUUUCGCAUUUUUUUCUAAUCCAAGUGAAAAGUGCAAAACGUAACGAUUUGUUAGGAAAACAUAGAUUUUAAGAAAACGUUCCCAUCUUUUACGAUAAUAGUAGUACAACAUUUGAAUGUGAUUUAAGAAGAGAAUAACUUUGAUUGCUCUUUAUCAAACAAAAACUCUCUAUUUCAUUCAAAUUCGAACCAAGAAUGCCUUCGACUUUGAAUGUUGAACUGGGUUGUAGAA